GCGAACGUAAUGGUCAAACCUGGUUCCCGUCAGGGACCUCAACUUACUAGCAUCGCGGUCCCGCUUGUCUGCCUUGUCAGCUACUAGGAUGGGCUUAGGUCCGAGGCCCUCACGCAGAAUACUGCCAAUCUUCUCAGCCGCUCGCGGGCGGGUACGGAUCUCAGCCAUAAGCUCUGGGAAAGCAUAUGUCACUGAGGUGUGCGAGAUGCUGGGGAUUGAUGCUGCGAAUGCGACCUCGAAUGUGUAUGUUAUUGCAUUGGAGCUGCAGAAGAAGGACAUGAAGACGGAGCUGCAGCUGCAGAAGAAGGACAAUGAUGGAGAAGGAGCUGCAGCUGCAGAAGAAGGACAUGGAGACGCAGCUGCAGCAGCUUGCUAAUUACUACAAGUGUCAACUGUCAUUCCUCACCCAAAGGUAUAUCCUUGAGAAGCGUUUUGCGACCUGCUGUAACGCUUCAGCAAGAUUCACAAUGAAAUCAUUGCCUCCCGU